AUGGAAACGGACAAGAGGAAAUGGGUGGUGGAAGGCGGAGACGCCGACGGGAAGAAAGUCAAAGCUGUGAAAGAUGAGAGCAGCGAGACGGUGGCGCCGGAGGAUGAUGAGGUAGAGGAGUUCUUUGCUAUUCUUCGGCGAAUACAGGUGGCUGUCAAGUAUUUCAAGAACCGUAACGGCAAGAUUGACCUUGAGUUGACACCGGCUGCAUGGAGUCCAACUUUUAAACGAGAAGAUUUCGAAGAACUUAAGAAAGAAAAACAAAGUGUGGUUGAAAAUCAAAAUCAAAAUCAGAACGCAGGUUUAGAUCUUAAUUCUGAUCCGGCUGCUGACCAAAAUGUUUCAGAUUCCUCUUAA